AUCCAGCCCAGUGCUGUCAGAUUCCUGUGCACAACCACUAACUGCUCAAACGAACAGCAAGAGAAAGAGAAGGGAGAGGAGAAGCAACGAGGAAGCAGCAGAGUGGGAGAGAUACUGGGAGAAACAGAACAACUGAGGGAUAGGAAAGUGGCAUUGAAGCGUUUCAAGAGAUGCAAAAAGAUUCUUCGCUAGCUAAAAAGUAAAAGAUACUCAGCAAUAACGAAAUACCACAGAUUUACAAAUGAAAGAAGCAGGACAAUUAUCAGAUGUAGGGAAUUAAAAAUAAUGAACUGCUGAAAGAAUAGUGGGCUACCUAGAGAAUGGGGAAAUUUAUGUGGACAGCAAUUAAAGGGAUACAAAUGCUGAAAACUAGAGGCUGAGUGAUAAUAUAGAGGACAACAUGUUAUUUGUCAGUAAUAUAAACCAUGCACAACACAUAGCAAACUAGACAUUUAUCCAGGCACUAAAAUGAAAUGUGUGGCACAUGGGGGGAUAAGGAGCACUGCUGUAGACUACACAGGCUGUAAAGUUAGCAUUCCGGGACAGAAAGUCAGAGCCUGAGGAAGGUGAUAUCUCUCUAUGUGCAGCACCUUCAGCAUCCGCCCAGUGCACCUCUACUAUGUCCUCUGUUUUGACACAGUUCCCAGUCCCUGGACAAAGAAACCUAGCAUAGUUCCCAAACUUAAAUUCCAAAAGUAAGAAUGUGGAUUGUCGGAUACAGGGCAGCCUGAGAUUCUGCUGCUAAGUAUAUGUGGGGUUCUCUUACAUUACCACAGAAAGCACCAACAUCAAGAUUCUCAUGCGGAACCACAAAGGCAACUCUGCGCUAAGACAGCUGAGGUGGAAAUCUCACUUCUCACACAACUUAAAAGUUUUUAGCCGAUCUUCUGUUACCACAAUACAAAGUUUAGGAUGAAGAUUAUAGGGAUCCAUCUCUCAAAUCGAAAGCCUACAUUAAAAGGCAAUUAAAUCAGGAUUGUAUGUAUUAAACAGACUACAGACAUCAAAAACCCACUUCAAACACCACAUUGUCACCUUUUCAUUGAGAAGAUUCAGGAAUAUCUUUUUACUUUAAAUUACGUUUCCAAGCAAUGAAACGACCAGAAUUGAAAUUGUAGCAAAAGAUACCACUUUAAAAAAAAUUGGCAUGAUUUCUUAUCUGCAAUGAUGUGUUUGGAUGCGCAUUGGAUGGCGACCCCAGAAGGCCUCAGCUAAGGAGGAUUUUGCACUAGAGACUUCAAAAUCUGUCUCCUGGGGCAUAAAUAUUAGCAAUGGAUACAGUCCGUAGCAGUAGAUACAGCAUUGUAUCCACAGACGAAGAAGGUCUUCGCUUGCCAUCUCUGGGUCUUAAUGGUCAUUGGAUUUCUUCACUCCACCAUCCUCAUUCCCGGCGGAAACGGCGCAAUCGUUUUGUUAAAAAGAAUGGUCAAUGUAAUGUCUAUUUUGCAAAUCUCAGUAACAAGUCACAACGUUACAUGGCUGACAUCUUCACCACUUGCGUGGACACACGUUGGCGCUAUGUGCUGCUCAUCUUUUCUGCCGCUUUCCUAGCUUCUUGGCUUUUCUUUGCCUUUCUUUUCUGGUGCAUUGCUUUCUUCCAUGGGGACUUAGCUGUUGUUGUGACAUCUGGAGGAAAAUCAGGCCCACCAAAACCAUGCCUGAUGCAUGUGAACAGCUUUGUGGAAGCUUUUCUCUUCUCUGUAGAGACACAGACUACAAUAGGCUAUGGAUUCCGUUAUGUGACUGAAGAAUGCCCUUUAGCUAUUCUUGCAGUAGUGGCACAAUCUAUCCUUGGAUGCCUCAUCGACUCUUUUAUGAUUGGAACAAUCAUGGCCAAAAUGGCACGGCCUAAGAAACGGGCCCAAACACUUCUUUUCAGUCAUCAUGCUGUAAUUGCCCUAAGAGACGGUAAACUCUGUUUAAUGUGGAGGGUUGGCAAUCUGCGCAAAAGUCACAUUGUAGAAGCUCAUGUAAGAGCACAACUGAUCCGCCCAUAUGUUACCCAAGAGGGUGAGUAUCUCCCUGUGGAUCAGAAGGACCUGAAUGUAGGAUAUGACAGUGGGUUGGAUCGUAUUUUUCUAGUGUCCCCCAUAAUUAUAGUGCAUGAGAUUGAUGAGGAGAGUCCUUUUUAUUCAAUGGGGAAAGAGCAGCUGGAGGAAGAAGACUUUGAGAUUGUUGUUAUUUUGGAAGGGAUGGUGGAGGCCACAGCUAUGACAACUCAAGCACGCAGCUCAUAUCUAGCAAGUGAGAUCCGUUGGGGACACAGAUUUGAGCCUGUUGUAUUUGAGGAAAAGAAUCAUUAUAAAGUUGACUAUUCACACUUCCACAAAACCUACCAGGUGCCAGGAACCCCAGUCUGCAGUGCACGGGAAAUGCACGAGAGUCGUAUCACUGCUUUACCUUCCCCAAGCGCCUUCUGCUAUGAAAAUGAGCUGGCUCUUCUCAGCCAAGAGGAGGAUGAAGAUGAAGAAGCUGUCGGCGGUGUUCCAGAUGAAGGAGUCAUCCAUGUUAUGGGGAGUCAUUUAGAACUAGAUCGCCUCCAGGCCUCCAUGGCUCUAGACAACAUUUCUUACAGAAGGGAGUCAGCCAUAUGAUGUCAGUCCCAGACUGACAGUGCUUCCCUAUGACUAUGCUUUUCAGGGUGGUGGUGUAUUUAUACUUGUGUGUCUGAAGUCUCUAAUCCCUAUAAAAGUAAAUACAUUUUGCUCUGCAAGAAUUAUUUAAUUGGAUAUAUAUUAACCUCCAGCAGCAUUUCCACGUCAACAAGUUUGAAUGCAUAUGCUCUGUAAAGAGGGCACAUUGGGCAUUUUUUUCUUGUGGUGAAAUAGGGAACAGGGCUGGGUACAUCUAUUGUAUAUAUUUUUUGUACAGAUGCAAAUGAAAAUUAAAUCUUUAAUCUGUGUUCUUCCAAAUCA